AUGUCUCAUGCAAAACGUCGCGAAAAGUCCAAGUCCAAGGAUACACGCUGGGAUCGCAUACGCAAGCGUCAUCUAAAUGCGAAUUCUUUGGGCCUGAAGACAGAUGCAGUGCGUCGUUUCAUCGAAGUGGACUACGUGGGCAAGCGGCACGAGAAACUGCUGAUAGAGGGCGAACAGGGAAAGCAAUUGAAUCCCAGUGUGAUCAUGGACAUGCGCCAUGAGAUGUUUCAGAAAAUACCGCACAAGCUGCCGCUAGCUACCCUGGCCCAUGGCAGCUCAUUAGAGUCCACCAAGGCUCACAAUCUGGAGGUGGAGCAGCGCUAUAUCAACAAUCAGUUGCAAAAGUUUCGCCAGCAGCUGGCCAGGCAGCACCCCCAGAGGAACAAGGCCAUUCGAGUGCCGCCCACCAAGCCGGAUUUCAAACUGAACAACGGUCCCCUGAUGCAGAGUUUGACCCAUGCCGCCCAGCACAUUGAUGAUUUCUAUAGCACUCCUGUCCAGGCCUUGGGCCAGGUGGCACAGAUAUGCUCGACCACAAAGAGUGUGGCCACCGCAAGCCUGCUCCACGAGCUGGGGGCCGAACGGGAGGCGGAUGUGGACCACGAGUGGCUAGAGCAAGAGGCUCUGGUCGAGGAACUGCCCGACUUUAGGGUGGAGCAAGUAAAACCCUUGUGCAUGGACUCCCUGGAGUAUCGAAAUUUCGCCAAACAAAUUCAUGUGGAUCAGAGUAAGGAGCUUCUCCUGCGCUGCCGUACACCAAGUCCCCUGACCUCCACCGAGGAGUUCUUCAAACCAAUGCGAGCUGCUGCCGAGCGUCAGAUGCUCCACGUUCGCACAAUACGCCACGAGGAAGAGUUGCAGGAGCAGCAGUUAGAGCAGCAGUUAGAGCAGCCGCCACCAAAACUGCAGAGGGAACCCUCCACCUGCUCCAAUACAAGCGAUGGCAUUGACUCGGUCAUAUCCGAUCUGGCUGAGGAGGCAUUAUACGAACUGCAAAUGGAAGCGGCAGAAGAACAAAAAGAAAAGGAAAAGGACUUGGCGGUACCCACGAAGCAUGUACAGUUCCAACUGCCGCCGAAGAAGACACCUACACCCAUUCCCAUAGCAACUGUGGAGGAAUCUGAGCCUGAACCAGAGCUAGAACCCUUACUCAUCCGCCGCAUAGAGCUUCCCAAAGUGCUGGUGGUGGUUAAGCCGAAGCAACCAGAGCCCACCCAAGAGGCGUCCAGUGCCAGUGAAGAUGAGACCGACCUGGCCGCAACCCAUGAGAAGCAGAAGAUAAUCGAGCAACUGUUCCAGGCCAGGGCCGUCACACAGAUCGUGCUGAUGCGCAAAUAUUUCCUCAAGUGGAUACACUAUACAACCCUUGAGAAGAUCGAGCGAGAGCAGGGACAUGCGAGCCAAGCGCGAGAUAAUCGCGUACAAAAGAUCAACGCCUUUCUGGACAAGGUGCGGAUGGAGAAAAAGCGAAUACGCACGGCCCAGCAGGCGGACACGUCCAGCGAGGUCAACAAGGUCACUCAGCAGUCGCUGGAACAGCGCCAGGAGGCUAUCAAGAUGGCCAAGCAGUUCAAGAAUAAAUUGAAGGUGCAACAGGAUAUCAUUGACCUGCAGAGGAUCAAGUUGGAGCGUCAGGAACGUCUCAUCAUGCAGCUGAAGCUAAGCAAACUCAGCGACGAGGCCAAAGAGGCACGCGAGGAUCUAAAGCAGGAGCUGAAGACAGUCAUUCGAUGCGGCGAUCCCAAGGCAAAGGCCAAGGCCAAGUGCCUUCAGUUGAUUGGCAGUCUCCGCGAUGCCGAUGAUGAAGCAAUGGCCAGGCUGCAGGGCAAGGCAUUGCUGCAGCCCCGAUUCUUGCAGCACAUGCAGGAACGGGCCGUGGAGAGGAGUGUGCGACAUGAGCAGGCACGCCAGCGCCGAGCACAGGCCGAGGCCGAGCGGGAGGCCACCAAGCAUGCCUUGGAGGAGGCCAAGCGCCAAGAGGACGAAGAGGCCAAACGCCUGAGGAUCGAGGUACUGAAGGAGAAACGCCGUCAAGAGAAAAUGGCCAAGGUGUUGAAGGAGCGUGAGCGUCAGCGUUUUAUCGAGAACACACGAAAGGCCACAGAGUUCAGUCGCCGCCUGUUGCUGCGCCGCGUGGGCAUGGCGGCCUUUAAGCGUUUGCUGCAACGUAAGCGGGAGAAUAUGGUCAAGUCCGAGGAAUUCCGACGACAAUUGUACAAGAAGAAUGCCUUCCAGUUCUGGCGCGGGUACACGGCAUUCAGGCAGCGCGAGAAGAUGGUGCGGGCAGAGCAGUGCUGGCAGCGCAUUCUAAAGAGACGCGCACUCAAUGUCUGGAUAGCGUACGUGCAGAAUGAAAAAAGCAAAAUUCUGGUGGCCAUCGACUGGCAUGCUCUUCGUACCGUCGAACACUGGUUUGACCGAUGGCUCAAGUACACCACGCACUGUCGAAUGGCUGAGGACACUAAGAUGAAGCAGGCUAUCUCCCACCACGAGUGGCACCUGAAAUGGAAGGUUCUGGACUGCUGGCAACGUCUACCUCAGAUACUGAAAAUAGAAAAGGAAACGGAGGAGCGACGCCAGCGCUGGCGCAUGAAAAUAUGGGAGCUGUUGCCAGACUACAAGCCCCGAGAGGAUAGUUUAUGGUAGUUUAAUUUUAGUUUUUUAAUUAUAUUUAUGUUGAAUAGAUUUGGAUAUUUGAUUUAAGAGCCUUAAA